CCGCCCCGCCCCGCCCCGCCCCGGUCUGCGCACGCAGUUCCAGAGCCCGCGCCGGUGACGCCGGGGUGACGCCGCGUGACGCCCGCGCAGCCGCUCCCGAGGCUCUCGCGCUGCCCUCGCCGGCCUGCAGGCAGCCGCCGCUCGGCCUGUGUCGCCAGCUCGGCCGUCCGCGCCAUGGAUGACUACGCGGGCCUGUCGGACGCCGAGCUGGCCGCCGUGCUGCGCCAGUACAACAUUCCGCAUGGGCCGGUCGUGGGCUCCACUCGCAAGCUCUACGAAAAGAAGAUCUUCGAGUACGAGACCCAGAGGCGAAGGCUGUCGCCCCCGAACUCGUCCGCAUCCUCUUUUUCCUAUCGAUACUCGGACGUAGACUCGACAUCCGCGGACUCGGAUAUGUAUGAUUUGCCCAAGAAGGAGGAUUCCUUACUUUACCAGAGCAAGGGCUACAAUGAUGACUAUUACGAGGAGAGUUACAUGAGCACCAGGACUUACGGUGAGCCAGAGUCUGUGGGCACCUCCAAGGGCUUCCGCCAGUCCUCCGCUUCACUGUCCGAUGCUGACAAUCUCCACUGCCAGGUGCGCGAUGAUGGGCUCUUCUCUUCCGAAGAGGAGGGCAAGGAUAGGGAGCGCUCGGUGUACCGAGACAGUGCCUACCAGAGCAUGAUGCACUACCGCCCGCUGUCCAGCAUCUCCAGAGGCUCCCUGGGGCUGUCCUAUUACCCCGCAUCUUCCACCUCCACUGCAUCCUCAUCUUCGGUGCCCUCCUCUUCGUGGCUCACCCGCCGCGCCAUCCGGCCAGAGAAGCAGGCCCCUGGGCUGGGGCUGGGCCCGGACCGCCAGGUCCCGCUUUGGGGCCAGCUGCUCCUGUUUGUGGCCUUCGCUGCCUUCCUGCUGUUGGUGUACUACUCCAUGCAGACAGGAGACAGCGACCCCUUCUGGGCAGAGCCCUGAUGCUAUGCUUGCUGCUGUUUGCCGGUCCCACUCCCAGUCCUGCUGACUUUCCUCGUGGGGUCUGCUGGGGCUGGGGUGGGCGCUUUCUGUGUGUUCUAGCUUGGGGGCUCCGGGCCUGGCCUGGCCAGCACCUGCCCCCCACUCCUCCCCGCCUUGUUCCGCCUUGUUCUGCUUUAUCCCGUUGGGGCAGCCGGCCCAGCCCCCCCGCAGCUUGGUGGGCCCGAGCUUCCUUGGAGCCUCCUGGCUCUGCCUGCCUGUCACCCUCGGGGCCCACAAGGGCUGACCCUUCUCCUGAGAGGAGAAAAAUGGUUGUUGUCAUGCAUGCCUCUUGUUCAUUGUCGUACCAUCGGGGGACGCACCGGAGGCCACCCUGAUGUUGUUUUUGUGGAGACAAUAAAAAGACCGUUUUAUUUUUAA